GUUUGUUUGGGGACUUCUCUCCUUUGAAACCCUUUUGUUUCGUAAGCUUUUCUUCUCGAUCUUCUUCCCCAAUUCGCUCUUAUUUGGUGAGCUUCUUAAGAUCCCUCGUUUCUGGUUUCUUUCGCUCAUCGUUUCUUUCAGAGUUUCAAACCCCUCGAUUCAAGUUACCUGAAUACGUCUUGGAUCUGCAAACUUCCGUUUGAAUUUCGAGACAUCUGUGGUUGAGGCGGAAGAUUUGGGUCGGCGGAGGAUGAGUGCGAAGAAAGUGGAAGGUACGUCGGCUCCGGCGAAUCGACGGGAUCCGUACGAGGUUCUUUGUGUAUCAAAGGACGCAAACGAUCAGGAAAUCAAAUCCGCUUAUAGAAAAUUAGCUCUCAAGUAUCAUCCGGAUAAGAAUGCGAAUAAUCCCGAUGCUUCUGAACUUUUUAAGGAGGUUGCAUUUUCGUAUAGCAUUUUGUCUGACCCAGAAAAGAGAAGACACUAUGACAAUGCAGGGUUUGAGGCCCUUGAUGCUGAUGGAAUGGACAUGGAAAUUGACUUGUCAAACCUUGGGACUGUAAAUACCAUGUUUGCAGCAUUGUUCAGUAAACUAGGUGUGCCUAUCAAAACUACUGUAUCUGCCAAUGUUCUUGAAGAGGCUAUGAAUGGAACUGUUACAGUUAGACCCCUUCCUAUUGGAACGUCAGUUAGUGGAAAGGUUGAGAAGCAAUGCGCUCAUUUUUUUGGAGUUACAAUAAGUGAGCAACAAGCUGAAUCAGGGGUCGUAGUUAGAGUAACUUCAACAGCACAAAGUAAAUUUAAGUUACUUUAUUUUGAGCAAGAUUCAAGUGGCGGCUAUGGACUGGCACUGCAGGAAGAGAGUGAGAAAACAGGCAAGGUGACAUCAGCUGGCAUGUAUUUCUUACAUUUUCAAGUGUACAGAAUGGAUUCGACUGUCAAUGCGUUAGCUGCAGCCAAAGACCCUGAAUCUGCUUUCUUCAAGCGACUGGAAGGUCUUCAACCUUGUGAGGUUUCGGAACUGAAAGCUGGCACACAUAUAUUUGCAGUUUAUGGUGAUAACUUCUUUAAGACUGCAUCCUACACGAUUGAGGCACUCUGUGCCAAGACAUAUGAGGACACAACAGAGAAGUUGAAGGAGAUUGAAGCUCAAAUCUUAAGAAAGAGAAAUGAGUUGCGGCAGUUUGAAACAGAGUACCGAAAAGCAUUGGCGCGGUUUCAAGAAGUUACCACCAGAUACACACAGGAGAAACAAACUGUUGAUGAACUGCUAAAGCAACGGGAUACAAUCCAUUCGACCUUCUCUGUUGUGAAGACACCAAGCAGCAACAACUUGAGCAAUGGAAGUAGUAGCAAAACUCAUGGAGAGGAAUCGAAAGGUGGCGAUGGGGAUAGUCCAGGAGAAGAAGGCGGAACAGAGAGUAAAGACAAAGCAAAGAGGAAAUGGUUCAACUUGAACCUAAAAGGAUCUGAUAAGAAGCUUGGUUGACCCAGAAGGCUGAUUUGUUGUGAGUCAUUUGGUAUUUUGUUCAUUCGUUAGACAGAAGUGAUUCAGUGAUUGUUCAUCACUGAGUCGCUCUAUGUAGGCAUAUAUAUAUUCAUGGGAAUGGUUUGAGAUAUUGGGCGAGAGAGAGAUGCAAAAAGCUCUCUUUGAAUGGGAAGUGUUUUGAUUUUGUAUGAAUAUGCUUUCAUCAAUUCAUUGUUUGUUAUAUUUAUUAUAUAAAACAGAAUUCUCAUUGUCACGGUGGGUUGAUGAUA